AUGAAGCUAGAUGUCGAUUGGUUGUUAGAUGCUGCGAAGUGCCUAGUGUUGAAGAAAGAAAUAAAAGAUAAAAGAAAGAGACCAACUGUUACAUGCUUAUUAUGUAACAAGUACGAAUUUCAGGUACGAAAGAUGACCUCAAAUUGUCAGUUACCAAUAGCAAACGGUGUACGUGUUGAUGGAAAGGACAGACUUAAACAUGUUGUUGAUCACUUACUUUCUCCAGCACAUGAGGAAGCCGAACGAUUGAAUGAUUGCGACAAAACUUGGUGUGAUAAGUCCGAUAAGCAUCCUUGGGUAAGAGUUUUUAAAAAGUGGAAUGACGAGAAAUUACAGGGCCUGGUUCGUAUUGCAAUCGAUGCCUACAAUGACUCGCAGGUUGAAACCUUAAGUGCUCAAAGCUGGCCCUCAAGAUCCCUUGCAGUAGAGCACAGUAAUCAUGUGUUGCACCACUUUGAGUCACAGGGAUGGAAUGCUGACUUUGUACCUUUUGAUCCACCAGCAUCCUGUUAUCACUAUAGAGAUCCAAUGCUUUAUGCUGAAAUAAGAAACAUUAUUGCAAAACAAGAAAUGAAAAAAGUUGCACAAUUGUUAAAAGACUGCUUGUGUUACUCGGUGCAAAUUGAUGGAAGUGCUGACAAGCAGCAAGUUGAUUCCAAGUUUAUAACUGCUCGGUAUGUGCCAUGUGAUGAAGUCAGUGUUAAAACAGUGUUUCUUGGUAUUGCAAGUAGUGAUUUAGGAGGAGCUGAGGGGCUGUUAGAUUCUUUCACAACAUGUAUUGAAAACAUUGGCAUAAACACUGAUAAAUUGGUUGGUGUUACCACUGAUGGAGAAAAUGCAAAUACUGAAAAAAAUGCUGGUUUAUGGAAGCUUCUGCAAGACUAUAUCGGAAGAGAUAUUCUGACAAUAUGGUGUGUCUGCCAUCGAUCUGAUUUGGCACUUGAAUCG